ACUCGAGUUACGUCCUCACGAACGAUCCAUCUGUGUGUAGGUUAAGUUUAAAAACACUUUCACUCACACUUAUUGUUUUUACAUGUGCUUUACCCGAUAAGAACAUUUUGUUCUGAUAAUACUGUUUCUGUGAGAAAAAUGUAAGAAGUCCUUAUUUUAUUUCGCGAUUUUGAUUCAUCUUAGCGGUGUCAACAAUUGUGUCAUUAACUUAAAUAAAGUGUUUGAACAAAAGUUUAAAUAAAGGUAGGCGUUAUGGCCAGGUGUGGUAGUGGACAUAUGUAAUUUUGACGGAGAUUAACAAAAUAUUAACGAAAAUGGAAGAAGACGACGUUAGUGUUCGGGUGGCAUUAAGGAUUCGUCCUCAGAUACCACGUGAGAUCAUUGACAUGUGUCACAUCUGCACUACAGUAACACCAGGUGAACCCCAAGUUACUCUAGGCAGUGACAAAGCGUUCACCUACAAUUAUGUCUUUGACACGGAAUCCAACCAAAGCGAAGUGUAUGAUAAUUGUGUAGCAUCUCUAGUCGAAUCUUCUCUCGAAGGGUAUAACGCCACUGUCCUUGCAUACGGACAAACAGGGUCGGGAAAAACUUACACAAUGGGAUCGGGAUUUGAUGUUGAAGUUAAAGACGAACAAAAAGGAAUCAUUCCAAGAGCCAUUCACCAUCUCUUCGAUGGCAUUCAUUCCAGAAUUCAAAAGGCACAGGCGGCUGGAACUUUGCCUCCUGAGUUUAAAGUAUCCGCACAAUUUAUGGAGUUGUAUAAUGAAGAAGUUAUCGAUUUGUUCAAUCCAUCCUAUAGUAAGGAUAAGGUUUACAAGAUCCAUGAAGAUCAGUGUGGUGGUAUUCAGGUAAAGGGAGUAACUUUUAAGACUGUUUUAUCUGCCGAAGAAGCUCUUUCAUGUCUAAGAGUGGGAGCUCUUUCCAGGACGACUGCUAGCACUCAGAUGAAUACUCAGUCCUCUCGCUCGCAUGCCAUAUUUACAUUACAUAUAAAACAGCAACGAUUAGUUUCUUCUGAAGAUGAGACUAAUGAAUUCGAAACGCUUAGUGCCAAAUUUCACUUUGUUGAUCUUGCCGGAUCCGAAAGACUUAAGAGGACAGGUGCCACUGGAGAAAGACAAAAAGAAGGCAUUUCAAUAAACUGUGGUCUAUUAGCUUUAGGUAAUGUUAUAUCAGCAUUAGGAGAUAAGUCAAAGAAAGCUUUGCAUAUCCCUUAUAGAGAUUCGAAACUCACUAGGCUGUUGCAGGACAGUCUUGGGGGUAACAGUCAGACUGUGAUGAUUGCUUGUGUUAGUCCUAGUGAUAGAGAUUUUAUGGAAACAUUGAAUACGUUAAAGUACGCUAACCGAGCGAGAAACAUUAAAAAUAAGAUAUUUAUAAAUCAAGAUAAGAGUUCUAAGACUAUAGCUCAACUGAAGCAACAAAUCGCUCAACUGCAAUUAGAAUUAGUUGAAUACAAACAGGGUAAAAGACUAGUCGGCGAAGAUGGAGCGGAAACUGUUAACGAUAUGUUCUAUGAAAAUAAUAUGCUUCAAGGUGAAGUUAAUAACUUAAGAACGAGAGUUAAGGCUAUGCAAGAAACAAUUGAUGCGUUAACGCUGAAAAAUACAAGUCUUUUAGCCGAAAAGGCGACAGGAACCUGGAUAGGUGUUUCCUUAGACACUGAACAUGAUGUUUCAUAUAUGAUUCAAGGUUAUUUAAAAGAAAUCGAAGAAUUACGAGCAAAAUUAAUGGAAUCCAACAACACCUGUGAACAAUUGAGAAAGCAAAUAACUCGUACAAACCAAAUUUCGUUCUUAGAUUCCACCAUGAAACAAAACGCUUCCCUCAUAGAAAAAGCAAAGCAAGACCUUCAAAAAGAGAAAGAAGCGCUUAACCGAAGAUCAUUAGAAAUCGAAAAUGACAGCGAUGGUGAGAGCGGUGACAAUGACAGCGAAACUGAAAGCGAUGAAAAAGAACUUCACAAUGAACUCAAGGAUGAACUUAUUACUUUAACGAAUGACAUAGAUAUGAAACAAAAACUGAUAGAUGAAUUAGAGCAGUCCCAACGUAGAAUGCAAACCAUGAGACAGCAUUACGAAGACAAACUCAUGCAACUGCAAACAAAAAUUCAUGCUACACAGGAAGAAAGAGACAAAAUUUUACAUAACUACAGCUCACAAGCCGAAUCCUCAGACACUAUUAAAAAGGUUAAAGAUGAAUAUACGAAGAAAAUAUCUGAUAUGCAGAAAGAAUUAAAACGAUUACAGGCAGCUCAAAAGGAACACACCAGGUUAGUGAGAAGCCAAAGCCAAUAUGAAAAUCAGUUAAAGUCUUAUAAGAACGAAGUGUUGGAAAUGAAGAGAACUAAAGUUCGAUUAAUGAACAAAAUGAAAGAGGAAUCUCAAAAGCACAAAGAAGCAGAACAAAGACGGCUUAGGGAAAUAGCCCAGUUGCGCAAAGAAUCUCGUAAAAAUGCAAAUGUCAUCAAAUCAAUGCAAAAUGAACGAAAGAUAAAAGACCAAGUUUUAAGACGAAAGCAAGAAGAAGUUUCUGUUUUAAGGAAAAAUCAAAGGAGUAGACUUAGUGUAAAAGCAUCUGGAAGAAUUACAAAAGGAUUCUCCGAAAAGACUGCUAAACAAAAAUGGCUGAGAGUGGAAAAAGCUAUUAACAACAUAGCCUUGAGUAAAAGAGGACUAGUAGAGCAAGAAGUGAGGAUGGAACAUUUUCUAGGAAAGAGAGAAUUAUUGGGAAAAGAGCUUGAAGCUUUAGAAGAAAGAAGGCAGCAAGCUGUGGUAAAAAACCAAGACAUAACUCAACUCGACAGUUACAUUGAGGAUAUAAAGGAAAACAUCAGUUAUGUCCAGGAAACAAUCAGUGAGACCCAACACAAUGUCAUGGCGAUCGAAGAAGCUGAAGAUACGAGUGAAAACCAUGAUCUGCAACAACUAGUCCUGAGCAUUUACGAUAUUGACGAAGCGAAGUAUAUCAUUCAAAAGCUGUAUAAUAUGACACUAAGCCAGAAUCAUUUAGUUGCCCAAAGAGAUGCCAAAUUGAAGGAAAGUGAAGCUACUAUGGCAGAGCUGCAACAAGAAAAUAAUGUAAAAGGACAACUAUUGGAUCAUGUCCUUCAUAAUGAAAUUCCAAUAUUUUCAAAAGAGCUCAUUACCAGUAUUUCUAGUAAUACUAACGAUACUACGAGUUCUACCUCUUCCCGUUCUUCGUCUCCUGUACCUUUAGAAAUGCAUUUAUCUAUUCCCGAAUCUCAACUUUCCCAGUCGCAGUCGCACUCCAAAUCUAAAAUAAGACGGCGAACUGCCCAACCCGCAGAGUUAUUGUUUGGACUUCACGCACAGCCAGAGAUGACCCAUUCCCAAGAUGCAUCAACAAUGAGGUUGGAUUAUGGUAUACAGCGGGUACCGAGUGUUCCUGGGACUCUUAAGUUGAAUUCCUGAUGAUACAUGAAGUACGAGUUUCAUCCAGCGAAGAUACCACCCCAGAAUAUGAAAGAGUAUUUCAGUAUGUCUCUGUAAAUCGUCUUCAAUUCACUACAUUCGUUAAUAGUACUAAAAUAAUGUUAUUUAUAUUGUUUUUAUUCUGCCUUUUGUUAUUCUACUUAUUUAUUUAUAUUUGACAAAUAUUAACUAAACAUAAUAGUAUGAUAUAUGGAGGAAUAUUCAUAGCCAAUCGCGUUCUGUUUGUGACUUAUUUUGGAAAUUACAGGGUAUUAAAUAACCUUUACUACAAUUAAAUAAACUUUAAAUAAAAAAGUAGGUGUUUCUGGUGAAAAUAAAAGAUUUUAUGUAGGUAUAAGGUAAAUGACGAUAUUUUUAAAUAUUCAAAUAUCAUUACUACAGCUGUUAAAAAAUUAAAGGAAGGUUUAAAUCUAAAAUAAAUGAAUCGGUCAUUUUAAAAACCACAUAUAUCCAAUAGUAGUACUUUAAGAGAAAAACUGUUUUAUUGCAAUAUAUUGUUUGAGAGACCAAUUAUUGAGGCUUGGUACUGAUGUACAUAAUAUAAUAAUGCAAUUCUUUCUAUCAUAUCGCACUAAUAAUACAAUACGUAACUCUAAUACGUGUCGUAACUCAAAAAAGAUGAUUUUUCAGAAUCAACGAAAAACUGAUUACUCAUUUCCUAUUGCAGGUAAAAAUAA